AUGGCUGCAUCCAGAGCUGCUUUGUCGUGCGCACUCGAGCAGCGCGCAACGGUCGUGCCUCCCUCGUCGCCGCGUGGAAAGGGCGUGAUGCCGGACGGCACCUCGCGCUUCACCCUCGCCAAGGACGGCUCCACCGUCUACCACUUCAUGGGCUGCUCCACAUUCGCAGAGUACACCGUCCUCGCGGAGAUCUCGAUCGCAAAGAUCGACCCAGCCGCGUCGCUAGAGAAGGCGUGUCUCUUCGGCUGCGGCAUCUCGACCGGCCUCGGCGCCGUCUGGAACAACGCGAAGGUCGAGCCGUUCUCGUCCGUCGCCGUCUUUGGCCUCGGCGCCGUCGGCUUCGCUGUCGUUCAGGCGGCCAAGGCGGUGGGCGCCUCCCACAUCGUCGGCAUCGACGUCAACCCGAACAAGUUCGAGAUGGCCAAGAAGCUCGGCUGCGACGUCUGCUACAACCCAAAGGACCACGGCGACGAGCCGAUGCAGCAGGUCUUGGUUAAGAACUCGCCCACCGGCUUCGGGUUCGACUACACCUUUGACUGCACCGGCAACGUCAACGUGAUGCGCUCCGCUCUCGAGGCGGCGCACCGCGGCUGGGGCCAGUGCUGCCUCGUCGGCGUUGCCGCGGCGGGCAAGGAGAUUGCGACGCGCCCCUUCCAGUUCAUCACCGGCCGCCGCUGCUUCGGCACCGCGUUUGGCGGCUGGAAGACGCGCGACGCGAUCCCGAUGCUGACCGACAAGAUGAUGAAGGGCGAGAUCGCCGUGGACCACUUCAUCACCCACCGCUUCAACGGCGUCGGCGAGACGACGAAGGCCAUCGACGCGCUCCACUCGGGCGACUGCCUGCGCGCGGUGGUCCACUACUGCUGACGGACUGACCGCGGUGCCGCGGGCCUGCAGGUGCUAGUGUGGUGGGUGAGUGUGCGUAGGUUGGGUUUCGCAAUGCUUGAAACCGCGUC